AUGGCUACUGCCAUUUCCAAACCAACCUCUCAUACUCCAAAAAUGAAGCGACCGCCCCCGCCUUUCACUCAACCUGGGGUCAAUGGAGUCAAGCCUCAACCAUCCUCAUCUUCUCCCCCCACCACCAACAAACGCCUUCCUGGGAACACUUCCGUCCGUACGAGCCCAAAUCUUGCCAACGGAGUAAUCAACAUGGCAAAUUCAGCAAAAGGACCCCUCAACCGGGCUCGAGCCAACCCGUCGCAAAAGUCCGGGGAACAGUCGCGCAUGGGUCGACCAAUAACAAGGACAACUACAGGUGGGAAUGACAAUCGGGUUUCCAAGAGGUCUCCCGAGCCAUAUGGUAAGGACCUGCACGAAUUCCAUCUUUCAAUGGCUCUCAAGGGUUAUCAUAAGAUUGCUGACCUUGACCUCGGUUAUUCUUCAGUGAAAACAACGCCAUACAUUCUCAACAAAUAUCGCAAAUGCCCUCCGUCCCUGAUCGUUCAUCUCCACCCUACGCAUUUUCGGUUCGAACAGCAAGAUGGCAGUUUCCCGUAUAACUCAGAGAUGAAGAUCAUUAUCGAGCAUAUUCGCGCCGGGACCAUUCCGCACGACUUGAUUGAAGAGCUUCUCCGCGCCAACGUGCGGUUCUACGAAGGUUGCCUCAUUGUUCGAGUGAUAGACCACAAGUCAGUCUCCGCGCAAACUAGAAAAACAUCUACCACAGCACCUACCGAGAGCAACACCCCGUUUUCCUUGCACAACUACAACGAGCACAUCACGCCAUCGGCUUAUGUUCCGUAUCCGAAACAGAAUCAGCUUACCGAUGUUCAGAGUUCAAAACCGACCGACACACUUGUUGCUGAUCAAAGUCAGUCGGACAAGGACAAAAAUGGCGAGACCCCGAAUAUUCAGGAAUUGGCUAAAGAAGCUGCGAACAAGACCGUCGAUUCCAAACCUCGGGUAUUUACUACUGUGCUCCACCCCACUGCUCGGGCACUGCACGCCGAAUUGACUCUGCUUGUUACAACACCUGAUCCCAAAGCUUUAAAGGCAUCCAACCCCGGCCAAUUGUCCCGCACUCAAUCCUCGUCAGCGGUGCCUCAGUCACCAGCAACUGCAGGACCUCAAGCCGAUCGUGGCUAUCCAGCAAAGAGGCAGAAGACCCUCGUCGAGCCGCAAGAUCUCCCAGCUUGUGAAGCACUUAUCGUGAAGGCACUAGCGCCUCCGCUUUACUUGGAACCUGUGAAUAACUUUGAUGCUGCGCAGAAGUUGCUGAAGUUUAUGCAAAGCCCGCUUCACAGCGAUCCUCCACCAUCACCUAAGCGUCGCAAGAGAACUAUUGCUGAACUUGCCGCGGAUGAGGCUCUUGCCGCCGAAGAAGAGAGAUUUAUGCUAAUAAUGGACGAGCGCCUGGAGCCCGCAUCAUCCAGUGCCGCAGGUGGCGCUAAGGCUGCAGCUGCUGAUGAUACAACUGGUGUAUCGGCCUUUGAACCGCGCUUUUCUCGAUUCAAGACUUUGGAGACAAUCCGAAUGCAACACGAGGAGAAGGCGAAGCAGGAACACGAGCUGAAGAUGAAAUCGGAGCUAGCCAAGAGACAACAGUCAGAGCAGGAGAGGGAACGACGCCGGGCAAUCGAGCUGCGGCAGGCUGAGGAGCACACCAAGGAGGAAGCACGACGGCAGCAAAUUGCAGCACAGCAGGCUCAAGCCCAGAUCGCGGCUCAGCAGAACCGACAUGUCAUGGCUCAGGCCAACGGUGUCAGUCAAGGGCAGCAGUCCUCGCCUGUUGUACGCAAUCAAACCCCACACAGCACUUCAUCGCCAUUGGUUGGUAACAUCAUGACAACACAGGCUGUCCCAAUGAGCAUCAGUGCCUCUCAGCAGUCUGGAAGUCCACCACGGCCCCCAUCUUCUUUGCAGCAUGCACACCCGAAUAUCAUGAGUCACCCAAUGGCGCCGUCCAGGAGUCAACAAGGACCCAGUCGACACGGAACUCCUCAGAUGACACAGGGAACGCCAGCGAUGUCACAUGCUACACCGAUCAUGCGAAAUGUUACCCCAACCCAACGGAUGAGUCAUGGAAGUCCAAAUCACUCGACAAUGGCUCAAACCCCGAUGAUGAGUCAGGCUAUAUCCGGCGCGCCGCAAAUGAAUGGAAUGGGCCAUACCCCGCAAGGGCUUACUCCUCAGCAACAAAUGAUGAUCCAGCAAAGACAACAGCAGAUUCUCGCCCAACAGCACCAGCAGCAGCAGCAAGCACAGGGACAUGUGGCAUCGAAUCAGUUUACGCCACAGCAGCUUGCCCAAAUGCAGGCGAGUGCCCAUGCCCAGCAAAAUAUCCAGUCUCAUCAACAGCAGCAAAUGUUGCAAGCACAGAAGCAGCAGCAGCAGCAGCAGCAACAGCAGCAGCAAACGCACCCAAAUAUGCAGAAUAUGCCUCAGCAAGGUCAUCAAGCUUACCAAGCGCAGCUUAUGCGGGCUCAAUUUGCUCAAAUGCAGAUGGUCAAGCAGCAAGGCGGGAUUCCCCAGGGUCAACAGGCCCAUGGCAGCCCCCAGCAAACAAUGGCACAGGGCAUGACACCUCAACAGCAGCAGCAGCAACAACAACAGCAGCAAUUGAUGAUGGCUGCGGCUCAAGCCAAUGGUGGUCAGAUACCGAAUAUGCAGGCCAAUAUGGCAGCACGAUACAGCCGUCUCUGUCAGCAGCGGCUCUUCCACUUGCGAAACGAAAUGUCCCAACGUUUCAUGCAACAAUAUGGACCACCUACGCAAUAUCCGCCGCAAAUUGCGCAGCAAUAUGGUGCUGGGUUGGAGAAGAAUGCCAAAGCAUGGGUCCAAGAUCUCAUGCGACGCGAGCGUGAAGUUGCUCAGCAGCAACGAGCAACCCAGCAGGCCGCGGCCAUGCAAGCUCAGCAGAUGCAGCAGCAAAACAUGAUGCACAACGGUAUGGGCAAUUGA